CAGCAGGGACAGCUGACAUACUCACAAAGAACACAGGGCAGGAAUUGCUUUAAAAUAUCUCAGCAAAGCUGGAGCUGAGUCACUGCUGCUAGAGAGGUCAGAAAGAAAUGAUCCUCUCCACUCCAAGGACAGCCAGACAUCCAUAAACUAUCCAGAAGGAUCUGAUAUACAGCCAGCUUAAAGGAAUCAGCCUGCCUUAGGAAGAUUUGCAGCUUGUUCUGGGUCUGUCACUCUGGGAUAGACGAUCACACUAAGUCAUUUAAAAUUCCACAUUUAAGAAACCUUUCUUUUUUUUUCUUGGAAAACAAAAAUAUCUCUGGGAUCAGAAGCAUUUUUUCUCCUUUUUUAAUUGUAAAGACUAAUUGCAGUUCCCAAAGGACCUAUGAUAUUUUAGCUGAAUUUCUCCUCCUUUCAAGGAAAGAAUUGAUUUUAACCCAGUAUUUGAAAUUGAAGAAGGACCCCCCCACCCAUGCACCUGCACAGUCCUUCCCUCAUGGCAGAUGGAAACUUCUCUCUUUCUGGACAUUUGGUCAGGAGUCCAGGAGGAAACACUUCCAGACUCCACAGCAUAGAAGCCAUCUUGGGAUUUUCUAAAGAGGACAGUGUCCUGAGCCCAUUCCAGACAGAGGGCAGUCUCAGGAAUGGCAAGGAAGCAGAGACUAGGACUUCUAAGCACUGUCUGCACAAAAUGUCAGAGGAGAUACAGCCCCAGCAGAGUGAUCUGGAGGACAGACAUGAUGAUGGCUAUGGGGGUAAGAACUGAACUUUGUUAGAAACUAGAUAGACAGACAGAGAUCAGAUUAACUUUAAUAAGGGGUAUUUAUCCAAUUAUCGGAAAGAAAAAAAAAUAACUGCAGAUAAUAUGUCAGUAAAAAAAUAGUUUUUAGGAGUAUACUGAGAUAAAUAUGCUGAUAAAUAGACUGACAGAUCAUGGAGUGAGAUAUCUCAUUGAAUUAAAGUUUACCUACCUCUAUGGUCGUAUUACAGCUCAUUCAUUAUUUCAAGGAUUAAACUAAACAUUUAUGAACAUCAUCAGGAUUCUAAUAGAUUCACAAAUAACAUGUUUUAGGCAGGGGGUAGGGAAUUGAAGAAUUUAGAUUUAAUUUAAUUUAACUUAAUUUUUCUCCAGCAGGUAGGUUGCGAAUUUAUAAUUUCCGCACAAUUCACUUUGAAUAGAUUCUUUAAUCCGUUAACUGCCGAAUAUGAGUCUCUUUGCGGUUCCUUUUGCAGUUAAGGCAUCAAAUUAAAGGAAGUUCCCUUCUCAUGUAAACAUUGCGUUUCCUUUUCUGUAGACUCCUACUGUACCAAAGGGUCCAGUGAGUGCCUGAGCCCCUGCCUAUCGGCCUCUAACAGCAGUGAUACCAAUAAACUUUCUGAUGAUGAACAGCCCAAGAAGAAGCACAGGAGAAACCGGACCACCUUUACCACCUACCAGCUCCAUGAACUGGAGAGAGCUUUCGAGAAGUCCCAUUACCCUGAUGUCUACAGCCGGGAAGAACUGGCUAUGAAAGUCAACCUCCCUGAAGUGAGGGUGCAGGUCAGUAAUAUCUUCAGCAAAGGGUCUUUCCGAAUGAGCACACGGUUUAUUGUAAGGGAGACAACUUUUCAUGACAGGUUUUGGGUACACCAAGUUUAUUAUAAGGGCCCACCCUUCAAUGAGGGAGCUUGCUUGCACCCAAUUUAUUAUACGGUGAUAAUUCUUCAAUGCUCCCAGUUUAUUAUAAGGGGACCAUUCUUCAAUGAGGGAGCUUGCAUGCACCCAGUUUAUUAUAAGGGGACCAUUCUUCAAUGAGGGAGCUUGCAUGCACCCAGUUUAUUAUAAGGGGACCAUUCUUCAAUGAGGGAGCUUGCAUGCACCAAGUUUAUUAUAAGGGCCCACCCUUCAAUGAGGGAGCUUGCAUGCACACAGUUUAUUAUAAGGGGAUCAUUCUUCAAUGAGGGAGCUUGCAUGCACACAGUUUAUUAUAAGGGGACCAUUCUUCAAUGAGGGAGCUUGCAUGCACACAGUUUAUUAUAAGGGGACCAUUCUUCAAUGAGGGAGCUUGCAUGCACCCAGUUUAUUAUAAGGGGACCAUUCUUCAAUGAGGGAGCUUGCAUGCACCCAGUAUAUUAUAAGGGGACCUACCCUUCAGUGAGAGGCUUUUUUGCUACUACUUUAUUUAUAAAUAUUUCCUUCUCACCAGCUAAUUACAAUUAUUAUUAAGGAAAUGAGGAAUAACACAAUAACGCCAACUACAGUCAUAAUUAAAGUUUUAAAUAAUACAAAUGUUUAAUUCAUGGAGUGACAUUAGAAUUAACAAACUGAGAUCGAUUGCAUGUUUAAUAACCACGUACAAUGUACAACAUUAACACGGAAUAAAUAAUAUUAAUAAUAUAUAAUAAUAAUUAAUAAUACAUAAAUACUAUAUAUAUAACUUUCCAUGAUGGUUCAUUUUCGAUCUUGCUGUAGAUUGUUAUGUAGGAAUAAUUUACAGAUAUUGUGGAAAGUUAAUGCAAUAAAAACACUAAUUUUUUUUUAUUUAUUUAAUUUAAUAUUGUUGAAUUAUUCUCCUAAAUGUGAAAGACAGCAUUACAUCUAAUAACUGAACACUGACUUGUAGUAAACUGGAAAUUAAGUUGUAAAAUCCUGGACUAAAGUAGCUGAAACGGGAACAUUCUCAAAUAAAGAUAUGAUUUGAUUAUUAUUAAUUAUUUUUUUUCGUUUCUUAGUCCAGCCUUAAUGUUGAGUUAGAUAACAAUUAA